CAUACAGAUGAAAAACCGUUCACAUGUGCAACUUGUGGAAAAAGUUUUCAUCAGAUUGGCACUUUAAACAGACACAUGAAAACUCACUCAGGUGAGAAGCCUUACACGUGCACAACCUGUGGAAAAGGUUUAGCGUCUAAAUCUCAGUUACUUUAUCACAUGACGACUCAUACAGGUGAGAGGCCUUUCUCUUGUGGGACCUGUGGAAAAGGUUUCCGGAGGAAAUCUGACUUGACUUGUCACAUCAGAGUUCACACAGGUGAGAAACCGUACUCAUGUGGGACCUGUGGAAAAAAUUUCACUUAUAAAAAAAGUUUAACUGUUCACAUGAGAGUUCACACGGGUGAGAAGCCUUUUUCAUGUGGGACCUGUGGAAAAUGUUUCAGUCAUAAAAAAACUUUAACUGCUCACAUUAGAUUUCACACAGGUGAGAAGAUGAUCUCUUGUGGCAUAUGUGGAAAAGAUUACUUGUUUAAAUCUCAGUUAGUUGUUCACAUGAGAACUCACACAGGUGAGAAGCCUUUCUCAUGUGGAACUUGUGGAAAAAGUUUCCCGUAUAAAAAAAGUUUAAAUAUUCACAUGAGAACUCACACUGGUGAGAAGCCUUUCUCAUGUGAGAUCUGUGGAAAAAGUUUAACUCGUAAAAACAGCUUAACUGCUCACAUGAUGAUUCAUACAGAAGAGAAGCCGUUCUCAUGUGGAACCUGUGGGAAAAGUUUUAUUCAUAAAAAAAGUUUAAAUGCUCACAUGAGAUUUCAUACAGGUGAGAAGACUUUCUCUUGUGGCACCUGUGGAAGAAAUUGGUUGUAUAAAUCUCACUUAGUUAUUCACAUGAGAACUCACACAGGUGAGAAGCCUUUCUCAUGUGCGACCUGUGGAAAAUGUUUUGCUGUAAAAUACCUUUUACAUUUUCACAUGAAGACUCAUACAGGAGAUAAUUCUUUCUCAUGUGGGACCUGUGGAAAAUGUUUUCCUUUUAGGUCAUUUUUACUUCUUCACAUGAACAGACACACAAGAGAGAAGUCUUUCUCCUGUGGGAUCUGUGGGAAAAGUUUCACUAAAAAAUACCUUUUAACUUCUCACAUCAGAAUUCACACGUGAGUAGUAGCUAUGCAUUGAUUUAUCAGCCAGCCGAUUAAUCUAUGUUGAUUUCCUUAAUUUUGGGACAUUGGUGAUCAGCAGAAACAUGCAUGUGAAGCCGAUCUGAUCCCCCAAUUUUAUUGACCUGAGCUUUUGUCUUCUGCUCCGUUGAGAGGUUUGACUAUUACACCGGCCCACCAGGUCAUGUCUGCACUUUUGCAAUCGGUGCACCCUUAGUGAAAAGUGAGGAAAAUGUUUUGUGUGUAGAUCCAGUUUACGUCAUCACAUGAAGAUUCACACGGGUUAGAAGCCUUUCUUUUGUAGGUCCUGUAGAAAAUGUUUCACUCAUUAGAAAUGUAACCGUUCACAUGAGAACUCACACAGGUUUGAUGGCACAAUGUGAACCUCAAGUAAGAUUCUCAGUAACUUGCUGUUUGGAAGUGGAGUAAUUGCAACCGACACAUUUUGUUCUGGCAAUUUUAUAUUUCCAUUUUAUUUAAUGAAACUAAGGAAGAGAUUGUCUCUUAAAGAAACAAUGAGUUUGAAUGCUUUAAUAUUUAGACUUCUAAAAUUUUGAAACCUUUAUUGUGUUUAUACUUUGUACUUUGUUUUAUUUCAAUGAU